AUGGCGCCCCCAACAGGGACACUGUGGCCUUGGGAGUGUCUUUCACUACCUUUAUCGCACUUUCAUCAUCGUGUUGGGGGAUUAACAUGGGGGCUGACUGGUUGUGGGGGAUGCUGGCCCCUCGGGACUUGCUGUGCUGGGCAGGGAGGGGGCGCCUCCUGCCGCAGGGGCCUGGCUGAUGGGCUGGCUGUCAGUGGGUGUGUGACCCGCUCCUGCCCGUGGGCAGGCGUCUUCACCUUCUGGAAGAAGGGGCCUCACCUGGCUUUCUGGUUCCUUUCCAGUGCUGGCCUGCUCCUCCUGCUGCUCAGCGGCCUGCAAGCCGAUAGUCAAGGAAAAGAAGUCAGAGCGAUGGUGGGUAGCGACGUUGAGCUCAGCUGCAUUUACACCAAAGAAAAGAGUUUAGAUUUAAAUGAACUUUAUGUUUAUUGGCAAAUCACUAAUGCUAGCGGCAAGGUAGAACCUGUGACUUACUACCUGCUCGGGAACAGCUCCACGGGCCAUCACAACAACCGGUACAAGGACCGGGCCCAGAUGUCACUGGACAGCAUGAAGCAGGGCAACUUCUCUCUACGUCUGUACAACAUCACCCCCCAAGACGAACAGAAGUAUGACUGCCUGGUGUUUAGGAAGACGACAGAGCGAAUUUUGAAUGUUACAGUCACGUUGCACGUGGCAGCAAACUACAGCAUGCCCGUGGUCAUCGCCCCCACGGCCGCCCCCCAGGACGAGGAGCUCACCUUCACGUGCACGUCCAAGGAUGGCUACCCUCGGCCAAACGUGUACUGGAUCAACAAGACGGACAACAGCCUGCUGGACGAGGCCCUGCAGAACAGCACCGUCUCCCUGAACGCGCAGGGCUUGUACGACGUGGUCAGUGUCCUGAGGAUCCGGCGCACCCCCGACGUGAACGUCGGCUGCUGCAUUGAGAAUGUGCUGCUGCACCAGAACCUGACUGUCAGCAGCCAGAAAGGGAGCGAACCAAUCCCGGGAACCACAGGCAGCAACACAGACAUCCCAGGCGACGCCGAGGAGGGGAGGUCCAGGACCGUGGUGGCCGUCAUUGCGCUGCUGCUGACCGUGAUUGUGGCGGCGGCCGCAGGCUGGUGGUGCAGGAGCCGGUGUCCUCGCCGCCGGGGCUACUACACAGGUGCCCAGGCUGCGAGGCCAGAGCGGGGGUUCACCGACCUUCACGUUUGACAAGAACUCACCACCCAGGACGUGGACCCGGCUCCCGAGAGACGCCACCCGGAGGGACGGCAGAAGGAUGCUGGGGAACUGCCUCCGGGCAGGCUGGUGGCCAAGGGCAGCUCAGCCUGCGCCCUUAGCAAAGAGCUUCAUGGACACGAAGCCUCUCUGGCCUGGGGUCCCUUCCCCUGGAAAGACCGCACUUAACCCCAGGGGAGCAGGUGCCCCAGCUUCGCUGCCAAACACAGCAGAAAGGGACCCCGAGACGGCUCCUUCCCGCCUCCAGCCCUUCUCCGGGUCCCGACGCACGCUGUGGGGCGAGGGGUCUCAGUGACAGGAGGACAGGCCCCGUGUGGAUGGAAGAGGGACGGCGCCGCUCUCUCCCGGGGGCCCUGCAGGGUGAGGUGCGGAGGGUGUUUGCGGGGCCCCGUGGUUGCCUGUGCACGUGUGCGCAUCCCGCCUGCAGGGAACGGUCAACACGGAGACCCUGGCGUUCGCUUUCCUCUGAGACCCUCACCGGGGAGAAGCAGCCUCGGGUGUUUGGGUGAAAAGCUCGGCUUCCCUCCUGCAAAAGCACAGCCAAAUCCACACGAAGAAGGUUGCUGCAGGCGCCCACGUGCUGGGCCCCGCGGCAGGAGGCCGUGCCCUGGAGGGACUGAGGACACGCCCGGCCAGCGGACACGGGCGUGUGGCCACCAGUCCUUGAGGGGGGCGCGGCACCAUGGAGGGGCUCUCCAGUCGGCAGCCUUCAGAGCAGGAAUUUCCUCCGAGUGUGGUCCGGGCAGCUCCCUGCACUGCUGCCACGGCCUCUCGCCCGGCCGCCCCUGAGGACCUGCAGGGGGUGAUGGAGACCCAACUCAAACACCGGUUCCUCGGAGCCCACGGCCCCCAAGGGAUGGGCGUGGGCAGUGUCGUGGCCUCCCCGGGCAGUGCCCACGCUGUGGCCUGGGAUGAAUCUUGCAGUUUGAUGUUUCCAGGGCGUUCUGCGAAGGAGGCUGCCAGGUAACCCAGGUGUGCACACCCCGGAAGAUGGGGCCGGAGGUUCCCAUGGCCUUCAGCACGGAUGGGCCCCAGACCCAGAGUUGGGGCAGAAGUGAGGACCGGGCUCCGUGGUGAAGCUGCGUCCCACACUUGUCACAAGAAAUCCUUGGUGUGUUUUGUGGCAAAAAGCCCUCGUGUGGCUUUUACUUGAGGGCGACAAGGGCCCACCAGACUUUUCACAUGGAAGCAUUAGAAGACACGUGUCAUCCCUGAAAGAGCGACAGAAGGGCCACUAACUGGCAUUUGGAGCAAAGCACUGGGUGUGGCGCCCACCCUCCGUCCCAGGCCCUGGGCGCCCAGGCGGUGCUGGGGCACCCGCGAAGAGAAGCUGGUGUCCUUCUCGGAGGCAGCGGCAGGGGGGCCUCCCUCAGGCUUCUCCCAGCACGUGCGGACCUGGGCCUGGGGCUCCCGAGGCCACGAGCAUGGUCUCCAGGCUCCGUGCCGAUUCCUCAUCUCGCCGCUGGUCACAUGUGCGGGGUGCAGUCCUAGCUGGUUUGGAUCAGUGGAUAGAGGGCCGGUCUGCGGACUGAAGGGUCCUGGGUUUGAUUCC